AUGUGUUCGCUCUACCGGACAGUUCAGCCCUUUUCCCAUGCUGCCUCCUUCCCCAGCCCCUUCGACCCAACCCGAUGUUCAGAGCGUCCAGCUCGUACAACUCCGCAAGGCGGCUCAAGAACCCUCACCGCUCCACUGACCGGAGCUUCAAACCGUUUUGGGAGGCGGUCCGGAGGCCUUCCUGGAGGCAGCGACCACGGAGCGGAUCGAGCCCGAGGAGGACGUGAUGGGCUUCAAUUUCAGUGGCAGCGCGGGCUUUCGGGGCAUCGAGGCCGAGCGGGGGCGGGCGCAAGGGCGGGCCCAGCAAGGGCGGUUCCAAGGGCGGUAAUCCCUUUCGCGACCUUCGAUCGCGAGGCAGCACCAGGAUUCCCUCCCAUCAGGAACACCCGGCGGCGGCCCCCGGCUUCGCGGGGCCAGCGGACCCGGCUUCAGCGGGGCCAGGGGACCCGGCUUUCAGCGCGGCCAGCGGACCCGGCUUCAGUGGCUCCUCCAGCUCGGCCACUUCGGGGGCUCGCUCGGAGCGCCCUUCACGGCGCCAGCCUACAGCAGCCUCCCGGCACCUUCAGCGGGUCUUUGCCGCAGGGCGGAGUUAAGUUCGGUUUCCUCCUUCAACCCCGGGGUUCAGCGGCUCCACCAGCUUCUUCGGCGGUUCGCCUGGCGCCGCCCACCAGGUCGGCCCGGCUUCGGCGGCAACGCGGCGGCUCGUUCCCCGCCCCCAAGACGCCCUUCUCGCGGCCUUCCCGGGGGUCCUCAGGCAAUAUCAACUUCGACCCGAAUGGCGGGAACAUCCAGUUCCCGCCGCCGUCGGGCCAGUUUUCCCGCCGUCGUCGAUCUUCCCCUCCAUCACGGAGGAGGAGACGCGCCCUUCGUGUUCCCGCAGGGCCCGGCGAGGGCGGGCGCCGGCCCAACCUGCCCUUCACCAUCGACGACGAGCUCGCGGCGCUCCUCUUCGGCAUGCAGGAGGCGACCACGUCCCAAAUGAGUGCGACGCUUUGCUUGCGUGCGGCGCGGGUCUGCUUUUGCCGGAGGCGCCCGCGUGCCAGCUCUUUUUAUCCUCAUGUCUCCUUAGAUUCUAGACGUCUGCUUAUAUGU